CCAAGAGUAAUAGAAGAGAUAUUUUAUUUUCUUCCCAAGAGAGGACAGCUAAGAAGAGGUCAAAGGGGAAUUGUGUGAAAAAGAGAAGCCUUAGUUCCUUGAGAAGGCAAGAGAGUAGGAGAGGAAAGGGGAAGCGAUGAAGAAAGGGAUGGAGAUAUUGGUAUAUUGAGAAAAAAGCUGAGUAGUUUUAAGGACUCAUUUGGUGGCCAUGGAUCCAGCGUGCUCUUCUGAGAGCAUUUAUAACCUCAUACCCAGUGACUGGAAGGAACCCCCCCCGCCUCCUAGGUAUGUAUCAGUUUUUAAGGCAGCUGUAAAAGAUGACAAGCAAAAAUUUAAAACUGCAAUGAAAACUAUGGGACCAGCAAAACUUGAAGUACCUUCUCCAAAGGAUUUCCUGAAGAAACAUUCAAAGGAAAAAACUCUACCGCCCAAAAAAAAGUUUGAACGGAAUGAGCCCAGAAAGCCUCCUGUGCCAUUGAGGACGGACCAUCCAGUCAUGGGAAUACAGAGUGAAAAAAAUUUUAUAAAUACAAAUGCAGCCGAUGUCAUUAUGGGAGUGGCUAAAAAACCUAAACCAAUUUAUGUUGACAAAAGAACUGGAGACAAGCAUGACCUUGAAACUUCAGGACUAGUUCCAAAGUACAUCAAUAAAAAGGGUUAUGGUAUCACGCCUGAAUAUAUACGUAAGCGAAAUGAAGAGGUGAAGAAAGCCCAGGAAGAAUAUGAUAACUAUAUCCAGGAGAACCUCAGGGAAGCCGCUAUGAAAAGGCUAUCUGAUGAAGAAAGGGAGGCAGUUCUGCAGGGGCUGAAAAAGAACUGGGAAGAAGUACAUAAGGAGUUUCAGUCCCUCUCGGUCUUCAUCGACUCCAUACCAAAGAAGAUUCACAAGCAGAAGCUGGAAGAAGAGAUGAAGCAGCUGGAACACGACAUUGGUGUCCUCGAAAAGCACAAAAUUAUUUAUAUUGCUAAUAAGUCAUAGUGGAUUUUUAAAAAUAUAGUCAUUUUAACAUAGAAAAAAAAAACCCACGGAAAACAUAGAAAUUAAAUCAUAAGUUUUUUCCAAAGAGGAAAAUACUAUGAAGAGUAUAAAACUAGUCUUUACCAAAACGCUUAGGCAAUGUUUAAAGAAUAAUUGUAUUAUUUACUUACAUAGAGAAAAAAAAAUUUUUUUUUUCACCAGCGU